AUGACGAGUAAACGAAAGCGUGAUUGCGAAAAUGAUUCCGAAAGGCUAGCGAAAAGGCAGCGGCGCCGCAAGCGAUCCCGCAGUGAACCACUAAUUAGCGACCCGCAAACAGCUGAAAAGCGGCAGGCUUUGAAGCGCCUUUUUGGUCGGAUAUGUUCAGUGGAGAUGGAAAACGAUCAUGUUUCGGACGAGUCGGGUGAUGAGUACAACUUCGAUGACCGCGAAGUCUUCGGUGACGAGAACGAGGAUCCACUGCUUGAUUCCGUGCCCGUGAACAUGGACCCGGAGCAGCUUGGGUUCCUAGUGUGCGCUCAGGAGACGCUGCGGUUCCUCCACGGGCGAGGGAUCCCAACUGAACAUCCAGUGUUCGCCCGGCUGCGCUCGCGUCUUCUUCGUGGAAUCGGUGAAAUGGCUGUUGCCUGA